AUGCCUAAGAUAAACGCAAUCCCUCGGCUGCCGCUGCCUCCCGCAACUUCCUUCUUCCCCAACAUCUGGAGCCUCCUGGCCGCCCUGGGCUCCGUCACCCACCAGCACCUGAUGGAGGAAGCGGCCCUCUGUGUCACCCUGCGGCUUUUCCCGGAGCAGCCGCCCUCAGGGCAGCCCCCAGUUCGUCUUGAGGACUUCCUGGGCCGCACUCUCCUCACCAACGACCUCUUUGCUGCCUACUUCGGACCUGGGUUUCCUUCUCGGCAGUUCCGAGCAGCCUUAGGUGAGGUGUCUCGGGCCAACGCAGCCCAGGACUUCCUGCCAACAUCUGGGAACGACCCUGACCUGCACUUCAAUGCCGAGCGGCUGGGCCAGGGCCGCAUGCUCCCGGCGGGGACUCUCCGGGCGGCCAUGGGGGCGGCCAGAGCCCUGGAGCACACCCUGGCCCGCCAGUGCCUCGGCGCUGCGCUUCAUGCUUUGCAGGAUUUCGACAGUCACAGCAACUGGGUGGACCUGGGGCGGCAGCAGCCACACCCUCAGCUCCUCUGGCUGAGGCAGGAGCUCGGGAGCCUGGCACGAGUAGGCGAUCCUGCCUGCUCUGAUUGAGAGUUGAGCUGCCCUGGGAAUUUGCUGGGCUUUACACUCCUCACGUCUGGCUACUUUGGAACUCAUCCCUCCAAACCUCCAGGGAAAUGUAGCCAUGGGGCCGUUUUGACCGGAGCAGCUCCCAGCCACCACAGGGCAGCAAUCAACAAAGAGAGCACAGCCCCGGGCUUCUCUCCCCACCACAUGCUGCACCUCCAGGCAGCAAAACUGGCCCUUCUGGCCUCCAUCCCCUUCAGUCUCCUGAGAAACCACCUGGGAGACAGGGGUUUCUCUGGGCUGCUGGACAUCAGCCCGGCCUCCAGCCUGAGCUUUGUCCUGGACACCACGGGCAGUAUGGGUGAGGAGAUCAAUGCUGCCAAAAUCCAGGCUCGCCACAUUGUGGAACAGCGACGGGGCUGCCCCAUGGAGCCUGUCCACUACGUCCUGGUGCCUUUCCAAGAUCCAGGGUUUGGCCCUGUCUUUACAACCAGUGACCCUGACAGCUUCUGGCAACAACUCAAUGAGAUCCGCCUUGGGGGUGGAGAUGAGCCUGACAUGUGCCUGUCAGCCCUGGAGCCGGUUCUGCUGCACACCCCUCCACUCUCAGACAGCUUUGUCUUCACAGACGCCUCCCCCAAGGACGCCAUGCUCGCCAGCCAGGUGGAAUCCUUGACUCAGGAGUGGCACUGCAGAGUGACAUUCCUAGUGACUGAAGACCCAUCGAGGGUUCAGGGCCGAGCUCGGCGUGAGGUCUUGUCCCCUCUGCGUUUUGAGCCAUACGAAGCAGUGGCCCUGACCUCAGGAGGAGAGGUCAUCUUCACCAAAGACCAGCACAUUCAGGAUGUGGCCGCCAUUGUUGGGGACAGCAUGGCUGACGUGGUUACCCUUCCCCUGGAACCUCCUGUUGUGGUGUCUGGGAGGCCACUUGUGUUCAGUGUGGAUAUGCUGCUCCAGAGGGUCACAGUUCAGAUCCACAGGGAGGUCAGCAGCUUCUAGAUCAGGAACCCUGCAGGGGUCUCCCAGGGCCAGGAGGAAGGCGAGGGGCCUCUAGGUCACACGCGCCGCUUUGGGCAGUUCUGCAUAGUUACCGUGAAUGACCCCCCACAGACAGGGACCUGGGAGAUCUGGGUCACAGCUGAGGACGCGCCCAGGGUGAGAGUGCAAGCUCAGACAUCCCUGGACUUCCUCUUCUACUUUCAGAUUCCCAUGGAGGAUGGCCCCCACCCUGGCCUCUACCCCCUGACUCAGCCAGUUGCAGGCCUCCAGAGCCAGCUGCUGGUAGAGGUGACAGGGCUGGGCUCCAGAGGCAACCCCGGAGAUGCUCGGCCGCAUUUCUCCCACGUCGUCCUUCGAGGGGUCCCGGAGGGUGCCGAGCGGGGCCGGGUGCCUCUGGAGCCCACGGGACCGCGGCAGCGAGGUGUCCUCGCGGCCUCGCUCCCGCCCGCGCUUCUGUCCACCGCGGGACGCUUCUCUCUGGAGCUGGUCGGCCGGACGGAGAGGGGCGGGGCCUGCACCGAGCGGCCCCCCCAGCCCUGCACCGUGGUCCCGGUGCUUCGGGAGAGAGGUGCCGCGGCUCCUGCCCUGACCCGCCCUCCGCCCUGCUCCGCAGCUCGGCGGCUCGCCAGCUUCUCGGGCCCUCAGGAUCUCGACCUUAGGCCAUCUGUCAGCCCCAGCUUCCCUCUCACCUCCAACCUCUCCGUGGUUCGCCUGGAACUGAAUGAGUCCGCCUGGGGACGCCUGUGGUUGGAGGUCCCGGACUCAGCCGCGCCAGACUCCGUGGUGACGGUGACUGUGACCUCGACAGGUCGGGAGGCCAGCCCAGUGCCCCCGACCCACGCCUUCCUCCAGCUCCUAGUGCUGGGCCCGGCCCGCAGGACCGCUGGCCGCCCCUGCCCACUCAUUUGGCCCCAUCCUCGCCUCAACCAGCCCUGCCUCCACUUUGGCAACCCCUGGUGGGGCACAGCUGGAGGGGUGCUGCUCCUACUAGGCCUGGCCAACUGGUAACACAGGAGGGAUGGGUCUCCAGAGCUCUUUUCAAUCCUGCUCCUUUGGUGAGAAGGUAACAUGGGCCUCGGGACCCCACCUCUCUCAGCUGGAGGUUUUCUUUCUCAGGCACUUGUCCCUCUCUUUCUUAGUGAGAUUGGGAAAGAGGGCAAUGGAUUUUCCCACAGUGCACUUUCUCUAACGCUGGUGGGAACCAAACCAAAUACCUCUUUGUGGAGAAAGUUGGUUCCUAUCUCUCCACAGCAUCUCUUUAUUCCACUAUUUAUUCGUGCUUUCCCAAGCUCAGGUAGAAGGAAAGAUGUAUGGGGAGGAGACUAAGGUUGGGAGUGAGGUUUAUUUAUAGAAUUGUUCUUAUUUGAAAUUCUGAAGAAGCGCCUAUUUUAUUUUUGUAUUUAAAGUUGAAGGACAGUUUCAAUAAACAUGUCUUCUCUAGAGAGGGAUUUCAAAGAAAGAUCAUUUAUGCAUAUCAUAUAAGGGAGAGUGAGGGCAUAAGACACCGAGAAGAUGAAAUGGAAGUUUUCAGUUGCAGAGAAGAAACUUUACACCAAGAUGUUUGGACUUCAGUUGACCCACCACCUGGAGCCAUUUAUCUGUUAAGUCAAGAGGCAGAAUGAGGAGACUGGGGGUUCUGAGUCAGCCUCCCCCCUCACCAAAUGAGGAAACCCAGAGGAGGCUUUACAGACGGG